GUUCGCAGUCUUUAGAUAUAAAAUGUUGACCACAAGAUGAAAUUUCGCUCCAAGAAGGGUCAGCUGCCGUUCGUCGAGCUGAACGGCGAGGAAAUCGCGGACAGUACCAUCAUCCUGCGAGAGCUGAGCCAGAAAUUUGGCAAGGACUUGGACGCUGGUCUCACGUCCGAGCAACGAAGCGUCUCUCACGCCAUGAUAUCCAUGAUCGAAAAUCACCUCGUCUGGGUUGUCGCGUGCUGGCGCACGAAGAACUUGGAUCAGGUGCUGAAGGGUUACAAGGUCAAUCUGCAACUCGCUCUGGGAUCACGUAUCCCGAACGCUAUUCUGAACUUCUUCUUCAAGCUCACGUUCGGACGCAAGUUGGAUUGGUUGCAGGGUGCGAGAAAAGUGAAGGCUCAGGGAAUGGGCGUGCACAGUCCGGAGGAAGUGUCCCAGUUUGGCUGCACCGAUCUUAAGGUGCUCUCGGACACGCUCGCUGACAAGCCCUUCUUCUUUGGGGACGAGCCAACUACCAUGGACGUAGUUGCAUUUGCGCAUCUCGCUCAAAUCCUGUACAUCGACAAGGACACGCCGUACAGUCUGCGAGACUACAUGGUCGAGAACUGUCCCAACUUGGUCGGACAUUGCUCGCGCGUUAAAGAACGAUGUUUCCCGGAUUGGGACGAGAUAUGCUCCAGUCUGGACAUGAACACGCAUCUGCCGAAGCCCGAGAAACAGGAGGAGAAGGAGGGCAAGGAGGAGGCGAAGGAAUCUAAAGAAUCCAAGGAGGAGAAAGAGGGCGACAAGGAAAAGGCAGACAAGGAGGAGAAGGAAGUCGAGAAGGACAAGGAAGUUGACGAGAACAAAGAAAAAGAGAAGGACGGCAAAUAAGCAGUCUUUCGUUGUAAAGAGAAGUAAUAAGUCGUUUCAAGGAUUUAAAGGCGAAGAGUCACGAAGGUGUAUUGGCGAAUGAAUAAAGAUAGAAAGAGAGAGAGGGAUAGUUGGCGGUAAGAGUGUGUGUGUGUACGCGCGUGUGUGUGGUCGCGUGAAUGCGACGACGGAGACGAGGACGAUGUAGAAAGCACGUAUAGAAUGAUGACGAGGGAAGGGAGUUGCCGGAAGUGAGAGAUUGUGUGUUGAAGAGAAAGGGAGAAAGAGAGAGGGAGAGAAAAUGAGUGUGAGUGUGCGUGUGUGUAAGAGAAAGCAAAAAAGAGAGAUAAGGUUUGGGACUAGAGCUCUCUACUUAUACGUAUAGAUAUUAAUAGACUCAUGUAUAAUGUUAAUACUUCGUUUAUAUACGUUCAAUGCGCAUCACGCGUUACUUCACAUUGACACACUCGAAACACACACGACCGGAACGAUUAUUCUCUAAUCCACACGCCCUUUCUCUGCUCUGCUAAGGACAAACGAAAAAAAA